AUGGUGUGCCGAAUCAGAGGCAUUGGAGGCAUUAGCUGCCUUCUGGUCGUCGCCAGCUUCCUGCGUGCUGGUGCAUCCUUCGCUUCGCGUGGGCGCGAAGUCUUUGCAAAGUACUGCGGCCACGACGUUCGAUGGGUGCAGCCGCCUGUCGAAGGCCUGGAGCUGCUCCAGCUGCAGGUCAUCCACAGACACGGAGCUCGCUCCCUCUGGGCACCUCUGAGCUGCUGGGCGAAGAGCAGAAAUGCACCGAUAGAACGUCCACCUCUCCGGUGCAACCUUCCCGUGUCCAUCAGUGCGGGGGGUGCAAGGCCGCUCACGAAGCGCUUCGAUGAGCCCGGCGGCUGUGGUCUCGGUUCGCUUUUGGACGAGGCCCCAGAACAGUUCAGGAAUUUAGCUUGGUCGCUCAAUGCCAGCUACCAGCACACGGCUUUGUGGAAGCAGUUGAACCCGACGAAUGGGAGUGUGUAUUUAUAUGCUUGCGACAAUGAGCGCAACUUGGCGAGUGCAGACCUGCUGGCGACACAGCUGUUUGCUGGGUCUCGAGCAGAUGUCCCAGUUCCUGUACAUACUCACCCUGUCAAAGACGAUCCUUUCCAACUUUCUGGCUACGUCGACAAAUCGCCCUGCGACGGUUCUCCCGUUCAAGCGAUCCAGGAGAUCCAAGCCGACCAAGACUUCCAGGCUUUUGCUUCGGCUUGGUUGCAGCACGCAAAUGUGUCAUGGCACCACAUGAACUACGACUGCAUCCUCACGACACGCUGCGCAGGUCUCACCCUGCCGGUUGCCAUCGAUGACGCGCUGGCGGAUGAGGCGUUGUAUUGGGGCUGGCUGCAGCAAAUGGCCGCAGUCCGUACCACGAACUGGACAUCCCUGGUGGCAUCAAGGGCGCUGGAUGCCCUACGCGAUCAGCUCAAGAUGGCAUCUCAUGGGCGGAAGCUCGUUAUGUGGUCCACACAUGACAGCACCAUGAUGUACCUGCUCAAUGCGCUCGAGGGAUUUGACAACCGUUGGCCAGGCUACGCCUCGUCUGUGCUCUUGGAGCUUUACGCCGGGCCGAGUGGCGAGCGGAUAUUGCGUGUUGUGCGCGAUGGAGAGCCCAUCACGCUUGGAGUCUGUGGAGAGGUUCUCUGUCCCCUGUCUCGCUUCGUGGCUGCUGUGGACUCUUGGCAAGAUUGGGGCUGUGCUCCAGCCGACCAGCUUUGGGAGCGUCGGGUGGACGAGGCAGGGUCCCAGGGUUCUCUUUGGCCCUUGGUGGGUUUGGGCCCUACUUGGCAUGAUGCCGGCCUCACUGCUCUGGAUCCGAUGCCGGAGAAGUUCUCCGCUGAGGGAGCCAUUGAUCGUUUGAUGCCACAGGGCGAUCAGCCUAUGCUGUCCCGUCGACGUCUCAGAGGCCGAGGAGCUCCAGCCUUGGACUCUCGUUGUUUGGGAGUGGAGACGAUCUGGACUUGCCCAUGUGAGCCGUCGGCUUCAGUCGAUCUCAAUGACAAGCUCCACCCAGGGAUUGAAGACAAGCACCACGCAAUCUACGGUUGGGCCACGGUCAUGGCGAGCUCGGAUUUCGAAGAGAUUGUCAAGAGGUGCUUGGAUGCUCGAAGCUCGAAGCCAGGGAAGCCAGUUGCGUUUGAGGAGCAGGAAAUCAAGGCGCUAUGCCUUCAGGUCCGGAGCAUUUUCCUGUCACAAAGCCCUUUCCUGGAGCUGGAGGCGCCUAUGAACAUCUGUGGGGACGUUCAUGGGCAGUUUCACGACCUGCUUCGAAUGUUCGAGUACGGAGGGUUCCCGCCCAAUAGCAACUAUCUCUUCCUUGGCGACUACGUGGAUCGAGGUAAGCAAAGCCUUGAGACAAUCGUGCUCCUCUUUGCAUACAAGGCCCUACAUCAAGAAAACUUUUUCUUGCUUCGUGGCAACCAUGAGAGCGCGUCCAUUACGCGAAUCUAUGGGUUUUAUGAUGAAUGCAAGCGACGCUUCAACAUCAAGCUUUGGAAGAGUUUCUGCGAUGUAUUCAACUGCCUGCCUGUUAGUGCCCUGGUCGAUGAGAAGGUCAUGUGCAUGCACGGGGGCCUUUCGCCCGAGCUCCAGCACUUCGAUCAGAUUCGGAAGAUUGUUCGUCCCACAGACGUGCCGGACUCCGGCCUGAUAUGUGACCUGCUGUGGUCAGAUCCGGACAGGGACUACGUCGGCUGGGCUGAGAACGACCGUGGCGUCUCCUAUGUGUUUGGGACCGACGUCGUUGCAGCUUUCCUGAAGCGAUACAACCUUGACCUCGUCUGCCGAGCCCACCAAGUGGUUGAAGACGGGUACGAGUUUUUCGGCAAGAGAAACCUCGUCACCUUGUUCAGCGCCCCGAACUAUUGUGGCGAGUUCGACAAUGCAGGGGCCAUGAUGACUUUGGAUGAGACGCUGAUGUGCAAGUUCAUCGUCCUGAAGCCAACGGUCAAGAGAAAGUGA